AAACGACACGAGGGAAAUCCAUGACUUCCCUAUGGUUUGACAGUUUGUGAUCAUAUAAAAGUCGAGUGGCAGUAGUCUAUCAACAAACUAGACGAGGAACAGCAAAAGAGGAAGAUAAAGGCCAAAUCACGCGAAUGUGUUCCACUCUUGCAGUCUCUUUGACAACCGCGAACAAGCACCAUUUGGACUCAGUUUUGGAACUUGAUUAAUUUGUUUUUAUUCCCUGAGCAAAAAAAAGUCUCAAUAAUUCAAACUGGACAGCAUGUCAUCAAAGGACGUGGAGAGCCUUCAGCCCACCGUGCGCCACCGCGACAAGUCUGUCUACGUCUGUCUGGGGUGCUUGACGUUCGCCUUGGUUGUAAUUUCGCUUGGCGGGGGAGCGAUGUUUCUGUUUAUGUGGAGAGAGCUACAGAGCCAGGUAGCCUCUACCAAAUCGACGGGCUCCAAAGCUACCCAUUCUGCACCUCUCCCUGACGAGGGCACAUUUAAGUCGGGACAUGUUGCCUACGUGAGAGCUACCAACGGCGAAGUUCGUAAUCAAACUAUGAAAUGGGAGACGAUUGGAUUCGGCAGCAGCUCUUCCAUUGGCACGAAUUACAACUACAGCUCAACUCAAAGUAUGCUGAAAGUGCUGGGCGAAGGGAGUUAUUAUAUCUACAUGGACAUCAGUUUCGUGAAAACCGCGACAGAGUGCAAAAGCAGUAGCAUUGUGGAAGUGACGUUGAAGUCCGAUAAUGCUGAAGUACUGCCCCCGUGUGUGGUGGAACUGGAUUGCCAGGUCACGACGCCCGUGACGAACAGGUGUUGGGACGUGGUGCACUUGAAGCGAGACAGCCGCCUGAGUGGUCAUAUGACCGUGCGCACACCGAACUCACCAAAUGGAGGCUUUGUAUGGAAACUUGUAAGCAACAAUUCGGGCUUUGGGAUGUUCUUCGUGGGCAGCUAGUGAGUCCACCAGCACUGGCGACCACCGUAGUAGAACUAAUGACUAGAUUUAAGCGACCACUGUAUUAGAACUAAUUACUUGUUUCAAGCGUACCCGGGAGUUCGUGGAGCUUCAGCACCUUUCCUAAGCUCAGGACACUGCGUGGAAGGAGAGACAAUUUCUUCCGCAAACAUUGUGCUAUUUAUAUUAUCUCUAUUUUUAUAAUUAUUUAUUUACAACAUGCACAUGUAUAUGUAUAACAGUACAGUAUAUUUACUGUUGAGAGUGUUUUAUAUAAGUAGGCAGCACUACACGGACAGGAGACUUUAAAUGGUUAAAACUAGUGAAAGCUGUUUAAAGCUUCACUUGCACAGCUAGGUCUGGUAAGUUUGACCACAAGAUGAUGUGUUUGAUUGUUUGUUAUGACAUUGGAUGUUAAUGUAUACAUUGACAGUAAUAAUAACAGAAAACAGUAACAGUAAUAGUAGUAGAAAAAAAGUACUGAAUAACAGCAACUGUUUUGAUUGUAUGUUUCCUUGGAAACGUAUAAAGGUCAGGCCUUGUCCUGAAGCUGGUGGUACUUAUGACCCGUGUUAUGCUUUAGGACGAAGAGGGCAUCUACCUCAAGAGUACGCACGCACGCACGCACGCACGCACGCACGCACAGACACACACACACACACACA